AGAGAGACGCCACUAAAACGUGAGAAAGAAAUAAUUUGCCAUUUAGUUUUCAUGCAACAGGUCUACCGAAUACGAGCGUGCGGGUUAGAAUUGAUUCAUAUCAGCUGAAGAUAAAUCACCGACAAAUAUGCCGGUAAACCGGAUGGAACUUGUGUUCGUAAAUGCUCUUUCAUUCGAGUUGCUGUACGUUAGUGGUGUGACAGGAGAGUCUGGAACGCUAUUCACAGCGCAAAGCCUGUGGUGUUUUGAUUGAGACAACAACAAUCAAUCGAAAGGCGCCAAUUUCUUAUCGGCGUACUCAAAUAAGAUAACGCUGCACUGAAGCCAGCUGCUCUUUUAACUAGCAGAAUUUAGUUUUAAAUUCUAAAUUCGUUCAGAGCUUCGACAGCUAACAAACUGCAGUUCGCUUUUUUAUCCGAAUUUCUACAGAAGUGCUUGAAACUGAAGUGCGACUUAGUUUGUGUGAAAAAACAUUACUGAUCGGCGAGAAUCAGUACAGUCAGGAAUUUCGCGUGACGUGCGGAACAAUAAUCCUUCUGGAAUGAUGAAUUAUGACUCAGAUUCUUCUACAAAGCGACAACGUUUGGAGUCUCCUAACCGAUUUCAAUCUUCUAGCUCCAAUUUUCAAGUUAACCCGUACAGCAAAGUGCAUGCCCGGCUAGGAGAAUUCGUUGAUCAUUUCGUUGGAGAGUUUGAAAACAAGCUACGUACCUACAACAUGAUCGUGGAAGGAGAAGUGAUUAAAACUGGCAAAUUUUCAGACACAUUUUCAGAACGAAUUGGUCAAGAAAUUGGAAAAGCUGCUGGUGGACUUCUAGGAUUGCUGGUGGGAUUGCCCGCGGCAGGAGCCCAGCUAGGCGUACAGGUUGGCAGAGUAGGAGCGAAGAAACUAGGCAGCGAACUAGGACGAAAACAUCACCAGGAAAAAGUUUCUAAUUUAUUGGAUCUGAUUGAGCUAUCUCAAAACAAUGCAGCUGCGUUAAGGAAACAAUUGGUAGAAGCUGGGUACGAUAUUUUCCAAAGUUUCGAGAUGCAAUUUACGAGAGUUACUACCGAGCUGGGAGCCAAACCAGCAGUUCAGCUGUUGGCAAAGGAUGCCGUGAAUAGAGCGAUUGAUUGUAUGGCGAAUAGAAGACACUCGCCGAUAUCUGAAGGAAUUAUUUUAGGCAGAUCCAAAAGAGUAGCGGUGUCCAGUAUAUCUUCUGGAUUCCAAAUCAAGUACGAACAUCACACAACCAAGAUGGUUUGGAAUACUGCAAAACUUUACGAAAAAGUUGGUUUGUUAGUAACUCAAAAAGAUUUGUACAAGAAAACAACUGGAGGUAAUACUGGUAAAUAUGGCUAUCGUCGCCUACUAAUGACCGAAAACUUCGAUAAGCUGAAAGUUAACUAUGAACUUGACAAUGCAGUAGAUAGCAAAAGUGCACAAUUCACGGACUACAACUAUAUCUUAGACAGAAAAGACUUCUCGCAAGUAGUGGAAAACAUACUUGAAAAAAUUAAUCAAAAGAGCGUGGAGAAAAGAGAGCAGGAAUUAAAAGAAACAAUAGAUGAGGUUAAGAAUGAUCUCUUAGAAGGAGUAAACUAUUUAAAAAAUCUAAACUUAGGACAAAGAGAAGACCGUAAAAUACUAGAGAGAAUAGAAAAUAGUCUAAACUGUUUGAAAAUGGAUAAAUACUUAGAAAAGAUUCAAGAACAAUUUAAAGCAGCGAAGCUUGAACGUCAUGCGAUGUCACAAACAUUGUUGGAAGGCUUUCGUGAGGCUAGUGAAGUACGUGAAAAUAUAUCAAAAGCUAAUAAUACGGAGCAUACAAUCACUCAAGCAGGCAUAGCAACUACAAACCAAGGAAUAGAACAGUUGAAAAAGGGGCAAAUCAAGUUAGAUCAAGUUAUAAAUGAGCUGCCGGAAAAAUUUGCAGGAAUAGUAGAAAACAAAUUAGUUCACAAAAAGCGAUUCAUUAGGUUUGAUGCAAAGAAACCAGUAGAACUGUUCACAGGAAGAGCAGAGGAGCUGCUUGAUUUGCAUAGAAGAAUGAAUAAAUCCAAGAGAAGUGUUACCGUAAUAUCACAGAUGACUUCCAUCUGUGGCUUAGGAGGAAUAGGGAAGACUGAAUUUGCCAGAAAAUAUAUCGAUGAGUAUAGUACCCAUUAUGAUGAUAACGUCGUGUGGAUUAAUGCAGAAAGUGAGCUGUCACUUAUCGAAUCAUUCAAGAACUUGAGUAUUUCUUCAAAAAAUGUGUCUAGAGAAGAGAUUGUGAGAGAGGUAUAUCAAGCCUACGCGGAGGUAAAAAGCCUUUUCAUUUUCGAUAAUGCUGAUAAGAGUGAUAGCUUCGCCCAGUUCCUAACCCUUAGAGCGCUUCGUCCUCAGGAUAAAGUACCUUUUAUCUUAAUCACUUCUCGAAAUCGUGAAUGGGGAAGAGGAGUAGAGGUUUUGGAACUACAGGAACUGACUCAGCAAGAUGCAGUUGCAUUCGUGAAAAAAGGAUUAAAGAUUUCUGACAAUGACAAAUCCCAAGACGAAGAGCUAGAGAAAUUAGUCAGCAUAUUGCAAUGUUUCCCUCUAGCGAUACAGCAAGCGAUAGCAUACAUCGAAGAUGAAGGAAAAACGGGAGAAUUUAGUAUCCGAAACUAUCUGGAAAAGUACGAGACCAAGGCAAUGGAGCUACUCGACUGUGCUGGAUGCGAUGGGAUUGACAACGACUACACCAAAACAACUUUUACAACUUGGAAGAUCACAAUCGAUAGGGUACAAUGCGACGAAAAAUAUGGAGAAAUAGCUUCUGUUAUUUUGAAUGUCAUUGCUUAUUUUGCAUCGGACAACAUCCACCGGGACAUGUUUUUAAGAUUGGAAAAUGUUGAUGAAGAUAGGUUAAAAUCGGCCGUACGUUUACUUGUGAAAUACUCUAUGAUAAAUAGUGAACAAAAGCAAAGCGUUCUAAGCAUUCACAGAUUGGUACAAGAAGUGACACGACUGGAAUUGAAGAAACAAAACAAAGAAGAAGAAAUGUUGAGGGUAGCUUUGAAGCUUCUAAUGGUAAGAAAAGAACCAACUUUGAAUUUACUAACGGAAACAAGUACAAAACACAUUGCCCUAGUUUGGGUUCAUGCCAGUAAAUACAGCAAUCUGAUAAAAGAAUUCGACAAGGAACUUACCAAUACCUACGGCUAUAGCUCUGCUUCUGUCAUUCACAUGCUAGCCGAAAUUGGCAGCCACGAAGCAAUUGAAGAGAUACUGAAACACACUUCGAACACAGAAAACCUCAUCAAUGCCGAGGACAAUUAUAAAAGGACUCCCCUCUACAUUGCCGCUGAGCAUGGUUAUGCGAAAGUGGUGGAACUUCUCGCCAACCUAGGAGCGCCAGUUGAUUUACCGUCUAUGAGCGGAAGGAUGUUCGCAGGCUGGACUAAUCUGUAUUAUGCCAGUAAAGUUGCGAAUGGCGUCGAACGUCACGCUAGCGAAGAGGACAAUAUUUUCCAUACGUUGGAAACAAGAAUUGCUACCGGCUGGACUCCAUUGCACAUCGCUUGCUUCAAUGGACAUUCGGAGGUCGUACGAUUGCUAAUCAGUAAAAACGAGACACUUCAGAGCAUGGAAGACAAUCUUGGCAAAACUCCGUUCGUGCUAGCAGUUAACGCUGGCCACAUACAAGUUGCUGAGUUUUUCAAUCGCAAGGAUGACGCCAGUUUAUUACAAAUUGCUAUUCAAACGGAAAAUAUAAACAUGAUCGAAAGUUUAGUCGAAAAAAAUGUUAGCUUGAUAAACUUAAUGAUCGGAACUUGGACCCCUUUACACUUGGCUGCGUUUGGUGGUAAGCUGAGAGUUGCUAAGAAUCUAGUAAAUAAAAUGAAAGAGCUAAAGUUAGAUAAAAACGAAAGCAUAGAUCACCCCGGAAGCAAUGGAUGUACACCAAUGAUUGCUGCCUCGCAAAACGGUCAUUCGGACAUAAUCGAAUUGUUUGUAGUGGAAGGCGCUAAUCUUAACGCAGCCAAUGACGAAGGUUGGACAGCUUUGCACGCUGCUGCUCAACAUGGCCGUCUGUCGGUCGUGAAGUAUCUGAUAGAAGUGCACAAGUUUUCCAUUGAUGUCUGCGAUGUCAAAAAAGAUACACCCUUGCAUACGGCUGCUUUCCACGGGAUGUUUGAUGUUGUUGAAUAUCUUUUAAAAGCAGGAGCGAAUUUUGCUGCGAUCGAUGCAUGGGGAGCAACACCGAUGUUCGCUGCAUCUCUCAAUAAUGAGCAAGAAAUUGUGAAUCUUUUGCUACAAAAAGGUACAAAAUUAAUUGAUCCCACCGAUAGUAAGACACUACUAGGUAGCCUCCAACUAACAGUAUUACAUACUGCCGCUAUGUAUGAUAAUUAUGAAUUGAUGAAAGACUUUAUAGAAGGCAGCCAAAUCGAUAAAGAUGUUGGCAAAGAUUCUAGUGCAACUCCAUUGCAUGUAGCUGCACUUUUCAACAGUUCCAAAGUUAUUACCUACCUAAUCGAACAAGGAGCCGAUGUUGCUGCUCAUGCACAGAUAUCCAAUGUAAAAACUGUACUCAACAAAGUGCAAGCAGACGUACCCUCAAACGGACCAUUCUAUGAAAUGAUAGUAAGAGAAUUAUUCAGAGUCAGUCGCAACGUUGGGGAUUAUUUCAAGAUAACGCCCGGCAUGAUUCAUAAAAUCUGUGGAUAUCCGGAAGUUAACUCUUUUUGUGAACCUUUUUCGGGGGAAUUUUUGAGUUUAAUAGAAUCAUACGUAAAACAUGUUAGGAAAAAUUUGUACGCUUUGAUAGCUUAUGUAGAACGGAAAAAAAGCAAGCAGGUUUAGGAGGUAUAUACUCGAAGGAAGCCGGAUCCCCGCAAGUUUUUAUGGGGAGUCUAGAAAGACGGAAAGUAAAAGAGACCAUAAUACAGCAGGGCCUCUCUUAUGAUCGUCAACACGGCGGACUCGUGGGGUGAGCCUCC